CGAACAACGUGAGCUAUAUCUACGGCUGUUCGCACCGGCGGUACUGUUUCCUAAUUGUUCUGCGGGACAUGUUAAUAUUUGUUCCCUAUGAGUUCCUAUUGCAACUUUCUGUUGGCUGUAUUGUUCUCUAACGGCCCCAAAUAUUACAAAAUGUACCCAUUACUUUAAAAUCCAAUGAUCAAUUCGACAAGUUCGAAGCCUCUAUUCGCGGUACCGUUUAUAGGUUUGCGCUAUUUGAUAGACAUUUUUUUCUGCACGCGGUUCUUAUAUAUAUCUUACACUGGACUAGGUCGAAUGUCAUCGGUAAAACAAGCAAGUUUCAUAAUUUGAAAUAGGCGCCAAAAGCACAAUAGUAUUUUUUGCCCUUAGUUUUGUCGAACAACUUCGGACUAUUUCUAAUGUUGUUUGUUGAUUGAAGCAGACGUCUAGCCAUUUGUAUUCCAUUUGGUUGACAAGAAGCAUCUAAAGAAGAUAGGUUCAAGAUAGGAGCUUCUUCCCGUGCGUCCGAACCAAGGACAUAUGACUAGUUCGCUUUCAACUUACUGGGAACCUACAGUACGUUUUGUAAAACGUAAACACAUAUGUGGCAAGUUCUGCUUUAACGUCAAAAUCUCACUAAUCUCGCGACAGCUGCGGCGCGUUUUCGACUGUCAAUAAAAGGGGGGCAGUAUUUUAUACCGCGGCAUUGAAGUGGGAUUCGUAUCUAACAGUAUUCCGUGUCCGCACGGUGAGUGUCAGUCAAGACAACAAAUAAUGAUGUCAAACCGUUGCCUUUUGCUCACAGAUAAUUCUGUCUUUUAUAAAAGCAAUCGUUCUCCCAGAUUCAGACUUAUCAGUAGUCGAUCUCCUGUCUGCACUUUAAUGCCAGUCACUAAUGAUUGUGCCGAUGCUGUUAUUGCUCUGGUUGUAUAGCAGCGUGAAUUGUCGACUAUUUCAAGUAAGUUUGCUUAACUUAGCUGUGUAGAGACGUCAGAGACGUACUGUUUCAUGUACGUUCAGUUUCCUCAGAAUGUGCAUGAUGAAACUACGAUACGACACGUUUUCCCAAGUAGUACAAUGUAUUAAUUUAUCAAAAUCUAUCUGCAGCUGCUGACAGUGUUUUUGCUUUAAAAUCACACAUGGCUGGAACAGAAUCUACAGGAAAUUUUCAAGUCCAAAGCGUUAAUCUGGACUGGUAUAUCGUGGUGUUUAUACAUACGAAUGUCCGCAAACGGAUGACAUAUCUACAGCAGCCAGACUUAUCUUUACAGCAGAAGGCUGACACGCGGAACUCGACGGUUCGUUAUCAAUAGUCAUCGUGGCGGCCUGCUAGUAAUUUUCGUUGAGUAAUGAAGUACACAGCAAUCAGAAAUAAGGGAGUUGUUCAAUUGUGGGAAAAGUAAAAACCAACAAGGAGCAGCCAUACCUGUCAGUGGACAAUGGCCUUUUCAACAGUCAUUCAGUACUGCUUGGUUCUUAAUGGAUUUUUGUAGACAAGCUAAUUUUAGCCGAAGAUAUCUUUCAUUCGGCUUGUUGCGGCGUACGUAUAUUUGUACGCCAAUGUACGAUUUGUAGCUCUUUCGUAUACACCGGCAGAUAAGAAGUUCUAUAUAUAGAUAGCUUAUUUAAGAUGUAUUUAUCUGUUUCGCCAACCUGUCUAUCCACGUGUCGCUUCUUGCCUAAGGAACCCUGUCCGGGAUGGGUCGGCGCUUUUUUCUACUAAUUAGUAUGACAAUGAAACAUGUUAUUCUAACGAUGUGUUGUUUUAUGUUGGAACAUAGGCAAGGUUCGCCUUAGGAAAUUAUUAGUUAUUUGGAAAAGUAUGGCUAGUACGAGAAUCUACAGUUUGUGCAAUACCUAUAGUUGCAUUAUAAGAACUGCUAUGGCAAUUUAACGGUGAGGUACGCCAGUGCAUACUGUUCUAUAAAUAGCUCUAUGGUUACUACAUGGCCAGACCCUUAUACUCUUGUUCUUCUAUUAUUACCGGCCAGGUUUUUUGGCUUUUUCUUUUUUCGAAAUGCAUCCGCUGCUGCUGCUGCUGCUUUCUGUCUAUCCUCACCUAGUUCAUCCAUUUUUCCGGCCCCUACUGCGCCGAGGUCACAGGGCAACGACCAUCUUCAUUUUAGAAUUACCGUAACGGUAGUAACUGCAGCAAUAACAAUAGUGACGACUGCAUGAGCACGUAAAGCAACGAAUCGUACUCAAAGCCGUAAGAACGUGCGCGUUACUAUAUUUUUGUCAUGAACGUCACAGUGCGCUAGGCUAUUGUUGAUUUUAAUGUAUCAUGCUAACUAUAGUUUGGUUAACAUGAUUAUUGGACUUCAGAAAACAGUUUCCAGAGCUGAGUAAUUUCUCGGAUAAAAUCUUGCCUAUAUCCGAACCAGUAGAGGUUGUAGUGGUAGUUUGUAAACAGCUCGUUACUCUGCGACUGCUAAAGGGUUGUCUAUUUCGAACCAGCGGGGGCUGUUCCGUUGGAAAAAGGUAAGCGUUAGCUAUACUAAACAUUUAAGCAUUGCCUUGCGGCUAGUACCGAUUUUGACAACCUGUUCAGAGAAUGCCGAGGAACAUUAUGAUCGCGGGGUGUAUGGCUAUAAUUGUACGGAUGACCCCCCUUCCCGCUUCCCCCCUCAGAAAAAUGAAAAUUCAGGUUGGAGUCUUUAGAUUUUGCUUGUGCUCGAUCUUUUUAAUCGAUGUCUAAGCUGAUGAUAAGACCGAUUGUAGGAAAUGUUUUGAGUAUCUUUGCGCGUAGGUAAGCAGGUGAAAACCAGGAAAAAGGGUCGAUUCUUGUAGCUGCAAUCAUUUUGAAUGUGUUUGCUAAGAUGUGUACUUGUUACCCCCUUCCCACUAACUCUAUAGCUAUGUGUGCCAUAUCUUUACAAGGACGAUGAUCCGCUGGGGGAGCAACUCGAAAAUGACGCCAACAAAAUACCAAUGAAUGUAUUCACAUAAGUUCUUCUUUAUUACAAACUCUAUACUUUGAAGAUUUUACUUUUUUACAGCAUCAAUAAAGUGAGCUCUUUUGGUUUUCCUUUAUAGCAAUUAUUCGCUUCAUCCAGUCUUUGGCCUUUUUUUUGCAUGUAUAUGACCACAUUGACGAAAUGCAGAUAUGAAUAUUUUUUUUUAAGUUUACCUACCAUCCGUGAAUUGUAAUACUCCCUUAGAAAGAAGUCGAACGAAGCCACCUCACACUAUCCGACAGGCAUUUCAUAGCCACUUCGCCUUCAAAUCAACCGUUUACCGAAAUUAUUCUUCAAUAACGCGGUUAAGUUAAUAGCUACCUAAACGAGUUGAUCACCCAUGCUAAAACCCCAUGUCUUACAGAUAUUUUUCAAUAAUUUAGAACACAAAACAGCCUAAGAUCUUCUCCUAGCAGUAAAGAAAACUUCGCCGAAGGAAGAACAGCCACAAGUCGCAGCAGGAAGGUAAACCCCCUUUCGUGCAUAGCGUGGGGAUCAUCGGCCUGCGACAAUCCACGGACGGCAAGCAAACUUAAGUGAAGUAUCCUGCCGCCAUUUCAGUGAUAGGGCCAUAUUAAUACGAAAAGUUGGUCAAAACUGUGUCUAGCGAGUAACUGCCAUGGAGAAAGAGAGGAGCUGUAUUUAAAGACGUUGGAUUAAACCACAAGUGUUUGUAAUCAAGGUAAUUUGGAUGUUGUCGAAGGCAACUUGAAGCUCAUUCUUGGCCUCGUCUGGAGUCUGAUUGUACGUUAUCAAAUUGGCCGUUCCAACGCGCCCGCCAGGAAGCUGAUGCUAAAUUGGUUGCGGGCCGUUCUCCCUUCCGAAUUAGACAUAUCGAACUUCUCGACUGAUUGGAAUUCCGGAGUGCUUUUGAGCGCGCUUGUCGAUUAUUGCAAACCUGGACUUAUUCCGGACUGGAAAAACCUCAAUCCUAAUAAUGGGUACGAGAAUUGUAAGCUAGCAAUGGAAACUGCUCGAGAACAGCUGAACAUCCCUAUUGUUCUUCGACCUGAAGACCUUGCCUCUGAGAGACUUGACGAACUUUCAGGAAUGACGUAUCUGUCGUAUUAUAUGAACGACGCCUCAGCCGGAUAUUGUGCCAUGAUCAACUGGGUCCGCCAAUAUCUCCCCUACAUUAGCAACUUCACCACGGACUGGAACGAUGGAAGCGCCCUCUGUGAACUGAUAAAUAAACUUGGGGGUUCCGUGGACAUGAACGCACUUUCGCGUCUUCCCCACGAAUUCGAGAACAAUUGUUUUCGUGGCAUUAUGGCUGCUAACACACAACUGGGCAUACCGAAGACGAUAUCAUCGAAGGAGCUGUCCGACCCCGAUGUACAGGCUCUGGCGGUCAUGGGGUAUCUUGCUAGAUUCCAGAAACUAACGCCUAGGGAAAUCAAUGCUUCACGAAAAAACGAACGGAUUUAUGUUCGAGGCGUUGACCUCAAUAAUGUGCACGUCAACAAAGCAGCGACUUUUGAGAUCGUUGCUGUGGAUCCGUCUAUAAACGUGGAGAGGGACGUCACCGUUGAGGUAGUCCAGAUUCGGAAUGGGCAAAGGGUACCAGUCAGGCUUGACGUCGAUGUUAGCGGUGGCACAGGGAGCUUCCUGCCCACGGAAUCAACUCCACAUGAGCUCCGUGCGUUUGUGAAUGGCGUUCUAGCUGAGUGUUGCCCAAUGUUCAUUGAAGUCUUCCCGGACAUCUCUAGAAUUCUCUACUCUGGAAUUGCGCCAUGUGCCCUUGGAAGCCUGGUCGAAGUUCUGAUUAACUCGAAUGGCGUCCAAGGACGCGGCGUACAAAUCGAAGCAGUGUCUCCAAGCGAAGUGGUGACUCCAUGCGAAGUCGAUGUUGAUCAGAGUGGGUCAUCGUUCCGUACUUCUUUUGUGCCACGCACCGUGGGCGAAUGGCAGAUACACGUGACGUAUGCAAGAGAACAUAUCUCGGGUUCGCCGUUUACAUGUUAUGUGUACGACCCAACCAAAAUCAAGUUGCGAACACCGGUGCGAUACGAAGCUGGACGAGAGUCGCAGAUUGCCGUAGACACCAAAGAUGCUGGCUGGGGUAAGCUGAAUCUUUUACUUGAACUCAGUGGUCGAAGAUUACCGGUAACGUGCGACGAGCGGGGUGAUGGCCUUUACGUCUUUAGCUUUCAUCCCCCCCACAAUGGUUCACUGUCCGUUCAACUUUCUUUUAACGAUAACCAGAUCAAGGGAUCGCCCUUCUACAUUCAGGUGGGCAAUGAACCCGCUACGAGCCCAAGCGGCUUCCAGUUUCGGUCAGAGUUAAGUUCGGCUGGCCGAACAUUGGCCGACAGUCCCUUUAGGGACUCAGCCUUUGGGAUGACGUCUAAUGGAAGAAAUAUGCCUGAUUCAGAAUUUAUCCUAGGCGAGCCUAUGCCUCGAAUGGACAGAGAUCUUAUUACUAGAAUCCAAAGUCCCAGUCAUCGUAUUCUGUCACCGCAACCUUUACUCAGCCCUAUGGGUAGAAGAGACCUUCGUGAGGCAUCAUACCAUAUUGAUGGCUAUCGGAGCGACGAUGGGAGUAAUAGGGUGCUAAGUCCAAAGUUGGCCCCACACGUUCCUGAUACACAUGGAAGUGGAUCUUUAGAUCGGAGGACCGAGUUCCGACUUGUUAGUGAACGUGAGAUGAGUCCGACGAGCAGCCGGCUGAUCCAAACGACUCGAAGUUCUCUCACAUCGCGCGUAACAACGCCGGAUAUCAUCGCUGGUCACAACGAGCCACUGCGGCCAUCUGAGGACCAGACCAAUUCCUUCGCUCAUCGUUUAAAUUCAACCACGACAGUGACGAAUAUUACUAGUAACAGGUCAAGCAAUCAUACCACUUUUACCAGUGCAACAAGCAACGCGGGUUCGUCGGAAGUGUAUCGGGCGGUACUUUCUCAAACGCCUGAUAGAGCACUCAGCCCUGAAGGAGAUUUACCCAGUGGCAUUUUCCGCGCCGAAUACACUGAAGGACGAAAAACCCCAAGCAGCCCCUUCGAGCGUACAGCAAGUCCAUAUGGCAGGGCGAAAACCCCCGAAAAGCUGGUAGAGAACUAUCGUGUGCUAACUGGAUCUCCCUCACGAAGCCCAUCGGGAAUGUGCAGUCCGAUCGAUGACAGACGCACUAACCCAUAUAGUGGUGUUGAUAGAACAGUCGAAAUUGACACAAGUGCCAAAAAGAUAGAGACCAAAACUCAAUCAGGAGCGUCAUCAAUUUUCGAUAAGAUGGACGCGUUCUUCGAUACGCCAACAGAAGCUGUGAAACAACAUGUAACUGGCCGGACAUCGAGCGACAGAGGGGUCGAUGAAGUUGAUCGAAAGCCCGCAUCGCCAACAAAAGAUCCUAGUAAUGCUCACGAUGCGAUGCGAAUGGAAUUCAUUCGCAGCGCGCAGAAUCCGUCUGGUAUACCGAAGAUCCAACGGGAUAUUAUCGACGAAGCUCUAAAGGCUGAAGAUUCGUUCACAAAGGAACCCUCUACUAGCCCACUUAUUACUCGAACUACAUUUUCUGCGGACCGUUCACAAAGCCCUUUGCAUCAUAGUCGUACCGAAGUGCUAAGCUCUCCGGUUAUGAUGGGCUUUCGCGCUACAAAUUCGAAUUCGACCGCAUCGACUUACCAUCGGUCGAGGUCAAUGAGUCCUUCGGUUACAACAGUAAACACAUCAACGCCCAUAAGUAAUGCGCGGGUGAUAUCGCCCGUGCAGAGUCACCAUUCGGGUAGAGUUUCUAAGGAGCAUUUUGUCACAUCGACAGUAACUCGUCGAGAGACAACGGCUCCAUUAAACGAUCACCGAGAAUUCGAAGUGUGCGAACGAAAGCGAGAAACAACAAUUCCAAUCAAUGAAACAGAUAUUUCUAGCCCACUUCGAAACACAGCUCAUUGUCGACAGCGUUCGAACUUCAAUACACCCCCCCCUCCACCUCCGCCAAAUGCGGGCGGUAGCAAAGCCAAAACGGUUCGGACAACUAGUUAUCAAACGCCUCCAAAUGCGGCAUCCGAUAGCCACACGAAGAUUCCGUCCGCUAACAUCUCUUCUACCAGUUACGUUUCCUUAACAGGAAGCCAGUUGUUAAUUAGCCCUGAACGAGUAACGUCAGAGCUAAAAAUUUUACAGCCUGAAAGACUUAGGCGUUUCCCUAUCAGACAACCACUGCUUGUGGACGUCGCUUCAGAAAGCGUUCCCUUUGAUGCGGACCUUCUCCAGGUGUUCGUGCGGGGCCCAUCGGGGGUAGAGUAUGCGUGCCGGGUUGAUCAACUAAUCCCGAAAAUCGCCCAAGUUCUAAUCGAGGCCCGGGAAGUAGGAGAUCAUCGAAUACGUUUCGCAUACGGAGGUGUUGAAAUGCCUCCAAUUCAGGGACAUGGAUUCAGUCCAGAACUUAUAGUUGUCGAUAAGAUUCCCGACGGCAUUGUGGGACGACCAGUUCGAUUCCGCAUCAACGGAAAUGGCGCAGGCAGCGGCUCGCUUGAAUUAAUGGUAAAUAAUGGCACCGUUGGUUCGAAGGUAGAACGAAUUCGAGAUCAGUUCUACGAGGCAUCAUUCGUUCCUCAUCAGGCGACACCCCACGAGGUGGACAUUAAAUUUAAUGGUAUCCCCGUACCGGGUUCGCCGUGGAACUGCAAUGUAGCUGAAUUUCUGCAGCAGGAACGGAUACUCCUGGAAAAGGCCGCUCGUGAGGCAGAAAAGACAGAGCAGCUGUUCUAUCAACAAGGGGCCCGUCUCCUCGAUCGGGCUGAACGUCAACAGCGCGAGGAGCGGGUUCAAGCGUUGCUCAUCGAUGGGCAGAGUAUGCCCGACAGUGUUCCAUGCCACAAACGACAAGUCCUACAAGUGCAGGUGCCACCAAACAGCAAGGACACGGACCUCAAGGUCACCUUGCUCAAGUCGAUACCCAACGCGGUAGCCAAUCCAUACUCGGUGGUCCGAAAAUCACCAACGGUACUUUUACUUGAAUUUGCGUUGACGGAUACAGGAACCUAUUCUCUUGAUGCUCAUCUGCGCGGCGCCCGCGUCCAAGGCUGUCCAUUAUUGUUCAAAGCCUACGACGCCCAACGCAUUCACUUCCUGGAGGUUGAAAAAAACGUCGAAAUCAAUGAAAGUGUUACUUUACAUGUUGACGCAAGUAAUGCCGGUGAGGGACAGUUAGAAAUUAGCGUGAAUCGUGGAGAAGUUGCUAACCAGGUCGAAGUUCUGUCGGCGGGAAAAUGUCGCGUAACAUUUACGCCUGACGGCCCUGGUGACUACGUAGUCGACAUUAAGUUCAAUGGUGAAUUAAUUCCUGGAUGCCCGCUCACCAUUGUUGCUCACGCUCCUAUAGUGUAUUCAGUUGAUCUGAAAUCCGUAGAGGUGAUUUGUGCUGAUGAACCUGCCUGUUUUAAUAUCCCCCUGCCUUUAGGAAAACGGGAACUGUUGCGCGUCGGAAUUAUCGAUCCUAACCACCAGAGUAUUCCCGUGAGUCUGAAGUCGUCAGAAGGGGACACAGUCAUUGUCGAGUUCACGGCCAAACAGGUUGGUAUACAUGUAAUUUCGGUCGACUACUCAGGAUCUUCGGUGCAGGGAUCACCGUGUAGUGUAAAAUGUUUCGAUCCGAGACUUGUCGCAGUGGAAGGCGUACAAAGUGUUAACAAGGGGGAAACAGUCCAGUUCAUUGUGGAUGCCAGUUCAUCUGGUGAAGGCAACCUUGAAAUCACAGUUUCUUCGGGAAGCCAGAAUGUAUCAACCCAAGUGCAGCCGCUAGGAGGCGCUCGAUUCGCCGUUUGCUUCGUUCCGCAAAGUGAUGCUCUUCAUUCGGUAUCAAUAGAUUUUAACGGACGAGCCGUUCCAGGAAGUCCCUUUCCAGUAACGGUCAAUGAUGCCGCACAACAACCUGCAGUUCAUCCAGCGCAACCAGGACCCGUCUGUGCACCGGUUAAUACACCAACCGCACUUUUGCUCAAGGGGACAGUUCAUAGCCAGCACCUGUACGCGCGUGUAACCAACCCCGAACGAAGUGUGGUACCUUUUACUCUGAAAGAUCGUGGCGGAGAUACCUUCGCAGUAGAAUUCACUCCAGCAGCCGUCGGUGAAUACCGUAUGGAAGUACGCUAUCAAGAUAAGCCUAUUCCCGGCAGCCCUUUCGUCUGCAAGGUGUACGACAUUGGCCAAAUCCGAGUGACGGAAGUCCCGCAUCCCGCGCUUGUGGGUACUUCGGCAGCCUUCCUCGUCGAGACGGCUGGCGCAGGUCCGGGAAAUCUGGAGGUGAUGGUUAAUCAGGGAAGAGUGCCCACAACACCUCAGGCAAAAGCACCUACUUUAUACUCGAUCCAUUUUACACCUACAGAAGCCGAGGAUCAUGUCAUCGAUGUGCGCUUCAAUGGUCACCAUGUGCCCGGAAGCCCAUUCACUUGUCCCGUUCUUGACCUAUCCAAGUUGAAGUUGGUUGGAGACCCUAUCGAACGAGUGCCCGUACAUCGACCUUGCAGAAUGUUGCUGUCAGCAGGUGGACAAAGCCUCAUCAAUCUUCAAGCGGUCGUCGUUGGACCCAAUAACGAUAAAGUACCCCUGCACCAGUCCGUGGAAGGCGAUUCGUACGCUGUGGAAUUUACCCCUGAUCAGGUUGGAGACUACUCGGUCGAUCUGCGGUUGAAUUCCGGCCCUUUGCUGACCGUUCCACUCGGAGUAAAAGUCUACGACGCCAGCAAAGUAAAGGUAACGGAUAUUUCCGACGGGUUAUGCGGCUCACCAGUCUACUUCAGCAUUGAUGCUUCAGCUGCUGGUGCUGGCAACCUGGAAAUUAUUGUUGCUAACGCAGGGGGCCGAAACGUUCCUAACUACGUACAAAGCGAGGGAAACGCUCGAUUUAGGGUAAACUUUAAACCAACUGAGUCGCAGGUUCAUCAAAUUAGCAUCAAAUUUAACUCGAUUCCUGUGCCUGGAAGUCCAUUUACCAUACACGUGACCGAUGCGGAUCCAAAGGAAAGCUGCGAUAAAGCACACGGAUCGCAAAAUGCUGUGACCUCUGGCGAGCGCGAACCUAUCAACGUUUCUGAAGAUUUUAAAGAUAUAGUUGAGUUGGACAAGGACGCGGUGGACACAAAGCAAAUGUCGACGAGCCCUAAAAGCCUGGUCAACAGCGAGGCGUUGAAGUCUGUCGCCAUUAAUACACCAGUAACCUUUGCUGUACACACAAAAAGUUUCUCCCCCAAAAAUUGCAACGUGCGACUUCAAGCACCCGAUGGCACCGACACGUCAGCGAACAUUGCCAACACUGCAUCCGGGUUCGAUGCAACCUUCACGCCUAGACGAAUAGGACCUAAUCAGGUCUUUGUGUAUAUUGAUGGGUCACAGGUGUCCGGCAGCCCUUUCACGUGCAACGUCUUCGACGUGCAACGCAUACGAGUAACGGGACUUCACCGAGGCUAUGUAGGCAGGGCGCUCACCUUUAGCGUAGACGCUUCACAGGCCGGCGAAGGAACCUUAGAACUGGUGGUAAGUACAAAGCGAGGUUCAGUGCGAGCGGAGGUUUCGAUGCAGGCUCGUGGAGUAUAUGAUGUCACGUUUACCCCGUCCGAUGCUGCCGAACAUUACGUGAACGUUACAUUCAACGACCUCGAGAUCCCUGGGAAUCCUUUCCGCAUAGAGGUUCUCGACGAAAAGGCGCUUGCCUCGCAAAGAAUUGGCAAGCCAACACUGAAAGGCUCAGCAGCUCAACGAGGUUUGUGUAGUGCCAAAAACAUUUUCGAUAUUGUGGAUGCGGAUCAAGCUGUAAGCAUCAGAGUGAGCAAAGGAUCUACCGAAGCUCAAUGCGUAGUCACGAAGAUUGCUGAGCGCGUUUACAGAGCGGAAUAUCUACCUCGAGAGGUUGGCAGUCACCUUCUUGAGGUGCUUCUCGGGGGACGUGUGGCAACCACUCAUAACGUGCAGGUGAUUGACCCCGGUCGUGUACGGGCCAUGGACAUCGAGGACGCUAUUGUGAAUCGUCCAGUCGCGUUUCGUGUUGAUACAACUAAGGCUGGCCAGGGUACCUUAGAGGUGGCCGUAUCGAAUGGCGGCGCCAAGGUUCCCUUGCAAGUAGACGAAAUUGCCGUUGGCUUAUAUAAGGUGACGUAUGUUCCUAAGAGCGCAAGUCCGCACAAGAUCGAAAUCCGGUAUAAUGGACAUGCCGUCUUAGGAUUUCCGCGUGUUAUUCAGGUUCGUGAUCCUUCCCACACGAUGAUUGCGCAUGGACUAGGAUUGAAAAGCGCUCAAGUGGGCCGAGCUGCGCGCUUCAACAUUGAGACUGGCAGCCAAGGAGAUGCAAAAGAUUUUGACAUCGUUGUCUCUUGCGCUGGCUCACCGCUGCCUGUCAGAUGCUUUGUACAGAAAGAUAGAAGUCUUCUUGUCGAAUGGUCCCCUGUCGAGAUAGGACCUCAUCGGAUUGAGGUAUUCUACCGCAGUGAUUCUGUUCAAGGCUCACCGUUUAAAUGUGAAGCUUUCGAUGCCACGAGAGUCCGGCUCGAGCACGAUACUGUGGAUGUUCCUAAAAGAAAUAACGUUUGCAAUGUUAAUCAGCGUGUGCGAUUCAAGCUUAAUCGACGUGACGCGGGAUACGCUGAACUGGACGUUACAGCGACGAGUCCUUUGGGCAAAAAUCUUCCGAUCGAAGUCCGCCCAGCGGAUGAUGGUGAACUCAUUGAGCUCACUCCAGCGGUUGCAGGGAAGUAUCGCAUCGCUAUAACCUACGGGGGUGUUCCAGUUCCUGGAUCACCAAUUACCUUCAUAGCCCAUCCGGAUUCAUCGCCCGCGCUUCAUCAACACAUAAACGUAUCUGGUCCGGGCUUGGUCGAGGCUCUUAAAGGUAUCAUGACCUCGUUCAGGGUUGAAUGCGAUGCGAAAGAAGGGCUUUCUGCAGGAAGUCCCGAGGUAAGCGUAAGAGGUCCAGGAGGUCAGGAAGCAGAGUAUACGGUGGACCAAGAGGACGACGGCUCCUGGAGCGUAUCGUACCUCCCCAUUGAAGUGGGGCUAUACACAAUUCGUCUGUUGAUGAACGGGGCAGAUGUUGCUGGGUCACCGUAUAGGGUUCGUGUCGGAGAGGGACAGCAGCUAAGACCUGUUGGCGGUUGGGAAUCAGUGGUUGAUUCUGAAGGGACGUUGUCAGGCGUGAUUGGUAAAGAGCUGACUAUGGCCUUUGAAGUACCUGCCUCAGAUUCUGACCCCAUUCCUGCACCAGGGAAGCUUAAUGCUGAAGCCGAACUUCCAGAUGGUCGAAGAGCUCCUGUACAGAUCGAGAAAAUGGGUUCCCGAUGGAUCUUGAAAUACCUUCCAAAGGUGUCUGGAGAGCAUCGCUUACAUCUGGCGCACAAUGCUCACCCACUUGCGCAAUCACCACUUUGUAUCCAUGUGCAUCGGAAGUCGUCCCGUGGAGCUGCCGACAAUAUUGCACCUGCAAACGUAUCUAAGUCUCAAACGCCCGGGCUAGCGGCAAUCAAAUCCUUAACUACCACUAAAACCUCAACUUCUGCAAUCAAAGCGUCGUCAUCGAAGACCUCCUCACCUUAUGCUUCAAACUCGACAGCUAACAAGCCUGCAUCAAGCAAUGGGGGUAUGCCAUUGGGGCGAGUUGUAGCCAGAGGCGACGGUCUGUUAGUAUCUCGGGUCGGUGAAAUGGCUGAGUUUUUUGUGGAUGCAUCAGCUUGCAGCGAGGGACAGCUAAGAGCCAUGCUUAUAUCAGAUAAAGGGGAAUAUCCUGUCGAGGUGGUGCAUACAGGUAGCCCAACGAAUACUUUCCGAUGCCAGUAUCGAGCGCCACAUCCAGGAGCUUACGAACUCACCGUUCUUUUUGACGAAAAACAUGUACCUGGAAGUCCGUUCAGAGUGCGUGCUGGUCCUGUUUGUGACGCCCAACGAGUAGUAUGCUCAGGAGAAGGACUAACUGGGGGCAUUGUUGGCAAGCCAAUGAAGGCUUUCUUGGACACGCGUGCUGGUGGACCGGGCGAACUGAGCGCUCAUUGUUUGGGUCCCUCAAAGAUGGCACGAUGCGAGCUCAUUUCUCAUGGCGACGGGACAUUUGAAUUGCUCGUAACGCCCCUCGAAAGUGGGAAGCACAUGUUAAGCAUUAAAUAUGGUGGGCAGCAUGUUCCAGGUUCUCCGUUUACGAUUCGCGUGGCAGGAGCACCAGAUGCGUCUCGAGUUCGGGUUUACGGCCCAGGUAUCGAAGCAGGUGUACUGGCGCUUUAUCAGAGCAGAUUCGUCUGUGACACUCGCGGGGCUGGCGCCGGACAGCUUACGGUGCGAGUACGUGGGCCCAAAGGAGCAUUCCGCGUAGAAAUGGCCCGUGAGAGCACCAAGGAUAGGACAAUACUGUGCAAAUACGAUCCGACAGAGCCCGGAGACUAUCGCAUCGAGGUAAAAUGGUCUGGAAUCCAUGUUCCAGGCAGCCCGUUCAUCGUAUUGAUAUUCGAUACACAGGACGAACUCAACAGGCAUCUGCAGGCGCUAUGGCCAGAGGUCAGAUUGGGUCAGGAGGUAUCGGGGGCGCUCCCGCGCUAUCCUCUCAAGCCGAUAGCGUUUGGGGAGGCUCGGCAAACCGACCGCAGUGGUAGUCGCCCGCUAAUAACCACUGUGGACAAUUAAACAAUGGAAAACCCACAACGACAGAGGACCUAUAUGAAAUCUACCUAUAAUUAAUCGAUAAUAAAAUCUUAUAGUGUAGUGGAAUAAUCCGGUAAUCCUCCGCAUCCGCACGCGAAGAGAUAGUUUGGAAUAAUCACGAGAUAUUCCAACGGUGCUUUGAUCUUUGAAGUUAAGCCUUGGAUACGAUAAUAGCAGAAACAUUUUAUCGCGGAACUUCAGACAGCUUCAACCAUGUUAGCUGGACGAAUCUUAUCGCACGCAGCCUAUAGUCCCGGAAUGGAACAAUGUAAGAAGGCUGCAAACGAGAAUCUAUUGUAAAACUUGCGCUUUCUCAUCAUGAUGACGUGAGGGAACUGCAGCUAUUGCCUAGUAUCAUAGUUAACUAGUUUUAGCGUCCCAGAAAAUAGCGUCCAGUUUUCUGUGCUGAUAAGCGGAUGCGCCGAUCGAUACAGAAUGCCUCUGACUUCUAGAUGACGGCUCUUGUACUCAGCUGUGUUUUGCCUACACGAGAAGUGGCUAAGAAAAAUUACUUCUGAUUAGCGUACGUCAACACACUGGGUGACUCAAUGUGUUUUCCCCUGCCGAUUAUAAGGGGAGGCCUUUUACCUAUAAGUUACGUAUUUAUAGGAUUUUAGGCUUGUAAUAUUACCCAUGUGUGUGAACGUGUAACAAUAUAAUAAGGACAGAUGCACCUUGUCGUCAUGAAGCCUAUCGUUAUUCAUGCAUUUUGAAAAUUCCGCUUUUAAUAGCAGCUAUCUAUCCGCUGCAGCGAAGUGCGCCCUGUUUCUAACGAUGUUAAUUAUGAUAACUAUAAUUGCAAGAAAAAUCAUUUCCCCAACUAAGUUGCCAAAUGUUACGCUAAGCACAACUAACAUCGGUUAUACGUUAUCCUGAUAAGAUUAUAUAUACAUAUAUAUAUAUAUACGCACGGUAACGUAAAGAUAAUGGCUUCGUGUACGCUUGACUUUAAACGCGUACCAUAUAGCACCUGUGUGCAAAAUCAUCAUUUUUGGAGGCCUUACGAGUCAUCAUCCUUAUAUGCCGCUACCCUGCCACUUGGAUUAACCGAUUUUAAUAGUAUCGAGCAUCUGCUAUGCUGCGACUAUUAAAAAAGCAAACUGAAACGUUUUCUGUUGGCUUUUCCGAUUUUUUUUUAGAGUUGUUGAUUUUUUAAAAAGACGGUGUUAAUAGCGAUAGGUAGAGAGAGGCGCUUAUUGUGCCUUGUAAGGCACUUGCAGCUAGUACCUGGGCUGAGCUGUAUAUCAUUUGUUCAGCGUUAAGCUACCUUCGUUUAUCGACGACAUUUAAAAUGUUUUAGAAAUGUACUUGUUAUUAAAUCAAUGUGGUCAAUUGAGCCAAGUAGAAUUCACUACUUUAUUGCUUUACUAUAUGAAUGUGUCCCAGCCGAGAGGCCAAUAUCCAACAACAACUAUAUAAAAUAAUAACAAAAUGUUUAUUAAGAUUAGAUUAUAAUAAAAACGCAACAAUCAAGACCCUAUAAAAUAUUGUCAUCAUUAAA